GUUUAGUAUUAUACAGUCAGAGAUGUACAGCAUGGUAUUUUGGGAGCUCUGGGUCGGACAGUGUUGCUGUUAAAAGCCUGGUCCUGGGGCCAGGCAGCGUGUGUCUGCUGCGACUGUUUGUUCAUUUCACUGCAAUCACCUGGGCCGGAUGUUCCGUUUGCCAUUCGAGACUUUGGCUGCCUUUCCGAAGAUUGGACUGUGUCCAAGAAGUGAAAUCUGGCCUGAAGCCAGCUGUGAGACAGAGGCCCCUGUGAGCAACAUAUCUCCGCACUCUGAUAAACAACUUGGGGCUGGUCUAAUUUUUGUUUCAAAAUGCGCUGCCGAGGACUGUGACAAACAGCCAAGCCUGUCGAACAUUGCGUUGACGCCGGAGAGCCAGCGGGAUCAUGACCGGCGGAUCCGCAGGGAAAUUGCCAACAGUAAUGAGCGCCGACGCAUGCAGAGCAUCAACGCUGGCUUCCAAUCACUCAAAGUGCUGCUGCCUCACACAGACGGAGAGAAGCUCAGCAAGGCAGCAAUCCUUCAGCAGACUGCUGAGUAUAUCUUUGCUUUGGAGGAAGAUAAGACCCGACUGGUCCAGCAAAACGCACAUCUGAAGAGACUGGUGCAGGAAUACUCAGGCUCCUCCCCAAAACGGAAACGAGGCGACGAAUCCGACGAAGGGAUCGGUUCUCCGGAUUCCGCGGAUGAAGAGCUGGCUGAGCUAAGGCAGCACUUGGAGAAGGAGAGGCUGAUCCGGAUCACACUGGAAGAGAAGGUGAAAGCUCUGGAGUCACAGCUGCAGCCCGGCAAGCUGAAGGAGAUCCUACACCAGGCCCAACUGCAGCAAGAGCAUGACGUGUUGCUGGAGCGGCGGAGGCAGCUUGUGGAGGAGCAACAGAGAAGCAGCAACGCAGCAGCACAGCUGUCCGUCGCACACAGUCCCCCGGCACCAACUCAACACCCAACUGUCAUAGUGCCAGCACCUCUGCCUCCAAGUGUCCUCCAGGUCAACGUGGUAACCAUGGCACCGAGCUCCGUCAUCAGUACAGUGUCCACAUCGAAACAGAACUUGGACACUAUUGUACAGGCCAUUCAGCACAUUGAAGCCACUGAACAAGGCAUCAAAGAGGAGCCAGUGAGAGUCGAGAAAGAAAUCUCAGCUUUCCUUAAUCUUGACAGGAUGCAGGAGGGCGUCAAGGAGGAACGGGAAUGGCAUGGGCUGGUGGCAGCUUCGCCACUGAUAAUCAAGAGCUCCUUCGGUGAUGCGGAGUCUGAAAGUCAGGACGCUGAUGGAAGACAGAUGCUGGCAAUGCUUAGGAGGCCCAAAGUGGAGGUGGAGCCAGUUCCAUCUGUGCUAGUCCCAGGGACUGGCAUCCUCUAAGGGAGACUGAAGAGACUUGUUAGUGUGAACUGUGAGAAUGGAGGACAGUGUGGCCAGUCUAUUGAGUUUGAGAUUAAGGGACCUUUUGAGUCGCAUUCCUCCCAAACUAAACUCCUUCCCAUCCUUCCAGAGUGAGAGCAGCCUUGAGUGUCCUCUGGUCCCAGCUCUGUGAACAAAGGUGGAAGGGGUUGUUUUUUUUCUUGGCCAGUUCAGAUUGCUGCAGUUUCCUCUCUGGCCAGUUGCCUCUGAGCAAUAAGCUUGUUGUCUGGAUCUCCUGUCAUUGAGCCUAUUGGCUCAUAUGGCUGAUUUUAUAAUUUCACAACAUCCAGGUAAAUCCAAUAGCUGUUACUAAAUUUACUUCAGCAACCACCACAUUUUAGCAGCAAGUAAAUGUUUUAAAUAUGAAAUUACAUUUUUUUAAUAACCCGAUUUUUGGAAUUUGUCUACCAGUGUCAAUCUAAAUGGCAAAUUAAUCCAUCAUUAAAAGAGCAAAUCUCUUGUUAUAGGAGUUAAUGACAGGCGCGAGAACGUUGGACCAUUUGUCUCCUAGUGAAAGACUGUUGCUCCUUUUUAUUUUGUGCCUUGCUUCCUGGAGACUGUGCCUCAGUUGAGGUACUGUGUCACUUACCUGCGCUCCUUGCUAUGAGGUGACUUUCCCUGACAUACAUAUCUUGCUUAACAAACACUGGCAGUCAGUUUGACUGGGGGAGUAAUGUGCAUUGUUUGCUGCUUACUUUAUCACAUGCUCGUACUUUCCACCGAAAGGUUACUAGAGUGUGAAUUGGCAGCAAUAGGCCAGGCUUCAUUACUUUAUUCCUGGCCUGACCCAGGAGAUCCAAUUUAGCAGUGCAAUGGAUACCUCAGAGCAACUUUGCACAGACCAGAAAUGGAAACUGGGACCUUCUGGCUGCCACUGCAUCCAGCAAUUGAUUUAUAGAGUUGUGUGAUUGGAAGAACCCCAAGACACGUUAAGAUUUAAUAUCAGUUAUGAAGCAAACACCAUUCUUCACACUGAUCAAGCCAAAUCACUUCACAAAAAAUGUUUGAAGAGAAAAUAUCGGGUUAAUGGUAAAGAAUUUGAUCUGAGAGAAAGAGUGACCCUGUACCUUCUGGGAUGCUCUACCUGUGGUCUGAGAUUAGGUUGAUUCUUAAGAAAGAUUGUGGUCAAUUUGGAAACUAUUUGGAUGGACCCUGUAUUCACACGGACAUUUUUGUUUCGAGUAAUUUGGGCUGACUAACCGCUUCAUGGUAUUCAAUGCAUAGUGGAGUCACUACAGGGUUUGAUGUAAAGUUUUAUUGUAGGUGGUAUCUUUUUACAUAAUUUUUUUCAAAAAAAAAGUGCAUUUAUGGGAUAAUGUUAAAGAAGAAUUUAGCAGUCUUUUUUUGGUGCAGAUUUGAAUAAUCUUUUACAAGCCACAGUAUGAAAUGUUGUCAGUGUAGUGUGUGGCAGAACAAUCAUUGGUACCAAGCCUUUCAGCACAUUGCUGAAAUCUGGUUGGUGUAGCCUGGUCUUAAAAGGACUGCUCCUGUCUGUACAUUGUAUGGGAGGGGAGGGUUGUAUAAAAUGUUUUUAGAGCACUUAAAA